GCAGAAAAAGAACGUUCACGGAGCGGAUCUUUUAUUUAGCCGGCUACACUGGACGCGUCAAAGAUUUAUAUUUAUGAUGAAUCCGUUAUCUGUUUUUCUGUGUUUGUUUAUUUAUGUUAUAAGCCAAAGUUCAUCUGCACCCGUUCAUCUGGGUCACAGUAAUAACAUUGGUAAGUAUGAAGUCUACAGUAACCCUUAAAUCAAACAAGAUUCGUGUAACGUUACAUUUAACCCUCACAUAGUUACCAAGCAACCACCAACGGACAUACUGUAGCUAAACCAUUUGAUACAAACUAACUAGUUGCAAAUGAAAUAAUACAUAACGUUGGUGUGAUACAAACUAACUAGUUGCAAAUGAAAUAGUUUGGGUUUUCAGCUUCCACAUCAAAGAUCAAGAUAAUAUAGUAGUCUGACUAAGUUGGUUAUAUAGCAAGUUAUGUUAAACUUUGGAAUUGCAGAGAGGCUAGUUGUAGCUAGCAUAGAUGAAAGCUUUGCGUUGUUGAAUAAUCUAACCUCAACAGAGUUGUUUUAUUACAGUGCCUGCAGUGAAUAGGCGGAAGGCACUUGCCUUACUUCUCAUCGUCCAGAAAAUAAAAAAGAAGAAACGAACUUGGGUGACUGCAAUCAACCAGCGCAGGCAAGAGCAAGGGGCUUUCUACAACCUGGUGGAGGAGUUGCAUUUUAACUCUGAAUAUCAUCGAGCGUACUUGAGAAUGACACCAUCGCAGAUGGACCACAUCCUGUCACUUAUUGGUGCAGAUAUCCAGCGACAGGACACCAAUUACAGACUGGCAGUCAAACCAAAGCAAAGACUUGUGGUUACACUGAGAUUCCUUGCCACCGGAGAGUCCUUUAGGAGUCUGGCUUUUGCCUACAGGCUAGGACGCAAAACUGUGGCAGACUCUGUCUAUAUGACAUGUAGGGCAAUUGUCAUCAAGAUGAUGGAGACACAAAUGCCGAGACCAACAGGGGCAGCAUGGAGAGAGAUUGCAGAGGGCUUUUGGGGAAGAUGGCAAUUCCCAAAUUGCAUCGGAGCCAUAGAUGGGAACCAUAUCGUCAUCCAACCUCCUAAAAAAUCAUGUAGCCAGUUUUUUAAUUAUAAAAAAACAUUUUCAAUAAUCUUGAUGGUAUUAGUGGAUGCAGAUUCAAGGUUUCGAAUGAUUCAAGUUGGUGAUUUUGGCCGUGCUAGUGACGGUGGGGUGUUCGCCAAUUCAGCACUGGGUAGGGGAAUGAAUGAAAGAAGUUUAAAUGUGCCAGAAGACGCCCCCCUGCCUGGAUAUGGUCAGCACGGUGAUGUUCCUUUUAUGAUGGUAGGGGAUGCUGCGUUUCUUUUAAAACGCUACCUUAUGAGACCCUACCCUGGCAGCAACCUUUCAAGGCCAAGGAACAUCUUUAAUUACAGGCUAUCAAGGGCAAGAAUGACUGUGGAGUGUGCGUUCGGCAUUCUUGCUGCCAAAUGGAGGGUGUUCCAUACAAGAAUAUGCAUGCUGCCGUGUCAUGUGGACACGAUAGUCAUGGCAGCAUGUGUGCUCCACAACUAUUUGCUCAACCCUAGGGACAGAGAGCCGAUAGAGAGUCAAAGGGAUGGAGAAAGCAGUCUAGAGAGUGUCAGACACAUGGGUGGCAAUAGAGGACCUAGGGAAGCCCUUCACACUCGGGAGUUGCUCUGUGAAUUCUUUAACUCCCCAGAAGGAAGUGUAAAUAGUGUACAUAAUGUGUAAAUAAUUUUGUUUAAUAAGUUUGGAUGAAAUGAUGAACAUUGUACAUGUAUUUUUUGUAAAUAUAUAUUGACUAUAAACAGGGCAAUCUCUGCCCCCCCCCUCUCUCUCUCUUUCUAUGUCUGUUUCCCUGUCUCUCUCUAGACAUUUUUAGUUUUGAAUGUAUUUUCAUUAAAGCUUUCUU